AUGGCCGUGACAGCGACCCCCAGCCAGGUCAAUGCAAUGAUGAUAACAGAAAGAGUCACUUCCAUAUUCUCUCUUCUCGGCAUUCUCUUCAUCCUGGCCACCUUUCUUCUGGGAAGAGGCUUCGACAAACCAAUCAACCGGCUUUUCUUCUUCGCAUCAUUCAGUAACUUAGGCAUGAACAUUGCAGCCUUGAUUGCCGAAGAUGGCGUUUCUGCAGGCCAGAAUUCGUCGCUGUGCCAAUUCCAGGCUUUUGCUAUACAAUGGUACGUGGAGACGAAAGUUGCAAUGCUCUUUGUAGCACCUAACGUUCAGUGUAGGUUUCUUGGAGUGGAUACCCUCUGGGCUUUGUGCAUGGGCUUCAAUGUUUACCUCGCCUUGUUCCGUGGAUGGACCUCAGAGCGCAUGCGGAGACAAGAGUGGAAAUACUUCCUCGCGUGCUAUGGAUGCUCCUUCAUACCAGCCCUGGUAUAUCUUUUCGUGAACACCAAAAGCCGAGGAAAGAUAUACGGUCCAGCUCUCUUCAGAGAAGCAAUCGUUGACGCCAUGUUAAGCUCUGGUGUUGGGUGUCCCCGAAAUGGGACUUUCUCCGCGUGGCAACCCUCUACGGCAUCGUGUGGUAAAUCCGACUCUCCCCAGCCCACACAUGCACCACUGAUCUCACCUCAACCCAGGGUCGCACUCCUCUUCGCCUGGAUCAUCUACCUGAUGGCUUUCCGCAAAGUGUGGAACAACCGCCACCAACUCCAAGGCUUCUUCAACCCCUUCAACGAAAACCCCUUCGAAGGCACCGUCACCACCGAAGUCGACGUCACAACCUACGCCCGCCGCGACUCCGCCCUCAAACCCACCGGUCACACCACCACCGCCACCGACGCCGACCCCGCCAUCCCCGGCACCGAACCCGCCCAAACGGCCGGCUUCGACCCCUACAGCGUCAACGUCGAAGCCGGCCCCCCCGCCCCGCCGCACCGGCACCACCGGAGCGACCCCUCCUCCGCCUCCGCCGCCCCGGACCUCCUCCGCGUGCGCGCCCUGACCCGCACCGCCGCCCUCCGCGAGACGAACCCCGAAGCCUGGCUCUACGCCCGCGUCGCCUUCCUCUUCUUCGGCGCGCUGCUCCUCUCCUGGGUGCCCUCGAGCGCGAACCGGCUCUACGCCCUCGCCCACCCGGCCCGCUACAGCUUCGGCCUCAACUACGCCGAAGCCCUCGUGCUGCCCCUGCAGGGCUUCUGCAACGCCCUCGUCUACGCCGUCACGUCGCGCUCCGCGUGCCGCGACCUGUGGCGCUCGGUGGCGGGGACGGGCGGCGGCGGGGGAGGGGCGGUGGGGGGGAAGGCGGCGUCGGGGGGUGGGAAGGGGGCGGAUACGAGGUUGGAGCGGUUUGCGGGUCGGAGGACGAGUCGGAGGUUGGAGAGUGAUGAGAGUAGCGUCGCUAGUUUGAGGGGGCAUUGA